AUGUCGACGGAACUUGUAAGCUUUAUGCCGUUCAUUGUGACGCUCAGCUUCUAUGCAGUGGUUGGUACAGCUGGAAACAUACUGAUCAGUAUCGUGUACUUCAGGGAGCGCGUCAAGCUGACUCACACGUUAUUCAUUAAGAUAUUGAGUGUUGUUGACCUGACUGUGUGUGCGGUCAUCAUACCCUACACCAUCGUGUUCGAGAUGCACCUGAUCCGGGUCGACUUCGUCUGCCGCUUGGUGGAGGUGGUCAGGCAUGUUCUGGUGGUGUAUUCUAACAUGAUUUUGGUAUCGAUUGCCAUAGAAAGGUAUUUCGCCGUAUGUAAACCUUUGAAGCGUCUACGCUAUGGACGUCUUCGGAUUAUUGUUAUCGUAGGAUUUAUUAUCAGCAUUGCACUUGCCUUUCCUGCUGCAACUGUAUUUAAGGUCUAUAAGGACGUCUGCGUACCUGACACCGGAAGUACACACAAUCUGACCGGACGUGACGUCACUACGACGCAAGAGACAGAAUGUAUGGACACGGUUAAAGGAAUGGAAUACUGUCACUUCACAACAGACACCCUCGGGGAUAUUGGAUCUUUGGUGUAUCAGGGGAUAUUGCUGUUGGGUUUCGUCGUGGGGUUGCUGAUUUUUUCUGUCAUAUAUCCUCUUGUGUAUCGGGUUGUGCUGAAACGAUCCCACUGGCGUCAGAACCGCGUGGGCCCCGUCCGAAUGACCGACUUGAGUGACCAGUCCAACGCGCCAUCCACGUCCAAGACGACGUUGAACACCAGGCACGCAAUCAACAAAGGCACCAGCACCAACGCGGAACCAGAAGUGGACACCCCAAAAUCCAAACACCUACAGGUGUUGCCUAUUUAUUCCGUCCAAGUGGGGAAACUAUCGCCACGAAGCGAUAAGCACCAGACAACACAACCGAGAAACAGCAAGACAGGGACCAUGCUGUUUGUGUGCACCCUGAUCUACGUCUUAGUGUGGGUGCCUUUCUGGAUUGAUGUCUUCGCAUCGAUUGAGAACCUGACCUUCAGAUAUAUUUUCCUUCUCGGAAGCGUGACCAACCCUAUUGUGUACGGAGUUAUGAGCAAACAGGUGCGGAAAGAGAUAUUGGCGCUGUUUACGUGCCGCCCGCCUGAACGAUGA